CCAGUUGUGAAAUUUUGCACCAACUUUUUUAUUCUUAAGGUGAAGGGAUUCAUUUGCGAAUUGUAAAUUAGCAUAUGUGGAGAAAGAAUAUAUUCCCUUUACUCUGGUACCCUAUAAAACCAACUGCCUAAAUCCACAUCUAAGGGGUAGGAGUGUCCUCUCCUCAAUAUAGUAAACAUCCUCCAAUUUCUUCAUUAUAAUUUGAUUGAUUUCUUAGGUGUGUGUGUGUGUGUGUGUGUGUGUGUGUGUAUGUGUGUAUCUUCAUGCAUACAUGCAAAGAGCCUAAAAGUAUGGGUUUGUGCUGAGUGUAUGCUUUUUAAGUGCAUUUGAUAUACUUCUCUUGUAAAACUUGCCUUGUCUAUACUAUCCCAGCACAGGGCAGAUGCAUAGCAAAUGUUAGCUGACCUCGUCUUUCUAAUAGCAGUGAUUGGUGAUUUAAGCAAAGAAGGUGUUGUUUUUGGUAAUACUGCUCUUUAAAACCCAGAGGAUAAAGUGUCAGCUAAUUACCCCCUGAGUCCCAGGCUUAGGAGGGGGCACUCCUUAAAAUACACACAACCCAAGUAAAGACAGGACACCAUUAGCACCACAUAAUUGAAGUAAACAGCAAAUGUGUUUAUUCUGCCUAGCUGUUGACCACCUGCCUCCCUACUCCACAAAGCAGUGUCUGUACAUAUAGGAUCUACUACUCACAGUCCCACAGAGAGUGAGCCUGUCCUUUGUGUCUCAUCAUUUGUGCAUCUGAAAGACCCUCGGGGUCCCACAGCAUGCAUCUCUUCUUACUUCAGCUGUUAGUACUUCUGCCUCAAGGGAAGGCUGCCUGGCACAAGGGUGGCCACCAGAGAAGUAGUUUAGUUUCUCUUUUGCACCCAGAUCGGAAUCGCAGAGAGCUAUCUAGGGACAAUCAGGAGGAAGCCCAGGAGAAGCCGGAUUUGUUUGUUGCAGUGCCACACCUGAUUGGUGUGGGUGCUGCAGUGAAUGACCAGAGGCAGAGAGAGAAGAUGCUGUCCAGAUUUGGCAGGUUCUGGAAGAAGCCAGAGGGAAUACUGUCCCCAACCCCGGACUCCAGUGAGCUUUUCUCUUCCUUCUCGUCAGUUCCACAAGACCUCCCUCAAUCAAAGGAUGACAUGCAGAUGGAGAAAACUCUCCUUCCCGAAGAAGCCAGGAAGUUUUGGCACCACUUUAUGUUCAGAAUGAGUCCUGCUUCUCAGGGAGUCAUCUUACCUAUCAAAAGCCACGAAGUACAUCAGGAGACCUGUAGAACUGUGCCCUUCAGUCAGGCUGUCACUCAUGAAGACUGUGAGAAAGUGAUUGUACAGAACAACCUUUGCUUUGGAAAGUGUGGGUCUGUUAAUUUUCCUGGAGCAGCACAACAGCACCAGACCUUCUGCUCCCAUUGCUUACCUACCAAGUUCACCAAGAUGCACCUGCCUCUGAACUGUACUGACUUUGCCCCUGUUGUCAAGGUGGUAAUGCUGGUGGAGGAGUGCCAAUGUAAGGUGAAGACAGAGCAUGAGCAUGGACACCUCUUCCAGGAUGGCUCUCGGGCAGAAUUUCAUGUUCAAGAUCCCUUUAUUCCAGGCUUUUCAACUUAAAGGGUGAUCCAACUUUUACUUUUGAAAAGCAAAGACAUCAUGGCGAAGCUGCUGAUUAUUCAGUCUGGAAGUAUUAAAUGAACACAAUGAACACGUAUUGUUUUAAGAAAAUGACAGUUUACAAAAUAGUUGUAAAAAAUAUGACUUAGAGGAAAUAGCAUUCAUCUAGUUAUCUGUGCACACUUGAAAUCUCGUCUUAAUUCUGCCACUAACUAGCUAUAAAAUGUUAUCAAAUUGUGUGAGCUUUCACCAAUUCGAAAUGUUCAUCUAUAAAGGAGGAACUGUAACUAGAUGAAUACUGAAGUCUUUCCGCUACUAGUGUGUCAUGAUCUUUUGUCUCCAAGUUUUGGUAAUAGCCUUACAUGAGAAGAAGGAAGAUAAACCAGACUAUUAAAUGGACUUUUUUAAUGGUUUGCCAAAGCACCAACAAAAGAGUAUAUUUUUGGAGAAGAUUCUAUAUACUAUUACUGCUUUUAUAACUCAGAUGGUGUUUUAUUUGACUUCUGUCAGAUGAUUAAUUGGCUGUGUAGUUAUAAGUAGUAACUUGUUUGGCUGCCUCCUAAUUUUUGAUUACUGCUCAUACAAAUUCUUAAUGUUAGGUCUUUGACUGUGAAGACAGAAAACUGAUAUUAUGUCUCAUGGUUUACACAGGAAAGAAAGAGUAAUCUUUGCUAGUCAAACAAGUACCAUUUUGUGGGGAAGGAAAAUUAUAAGAUCAGUAGCAGACUUAAAGUUCAAUCUCGAGAUGCCAAAAUAACCAAAUAACUCCAGUAAAUGCCAUACUAAAUAAACUCUAAGUGAUUGAAAAUCAAAUCAA